UCCCGCGCAUGUCAUUAUCCCGCGAGCGUCUCUAGGUGAUUUAGCGGCGCCAGUCUGAAGCAGGUGUUCAACAUGGCGAUCUCGGGAUUCGCAUCUCACUCAAUUUCACUCUUUUUCUACGUGAUUUUAGCAGCGUUUCUGCCUCAAGGAGCUUCUCAGAUCAUACCAGUGCAGGGUCAGAACCUGGUGACGAAUAAUGUCUCGGUGGUGGAGGGCGAGACGGCGAUUAUCAGCUGUCGGGUGAAAAACAACGACGACUCUGUCAUUCAGCUGCUCAACCCGAACAGACAGACCAUCUACUUCAGAGAUGUGAGACCCUUGAAGGACAGCCGGUUUCAGCUGGUUAACUUCUCAGACAAUGAGCUUCUGGUGUCGUUGUCCAACGUGUCGCUGUCCGACGAGGGACGGUACGUGUGCCAGCUCUACACUGACCCUCCGCAAGAAGCCUACGCAGAAAUCACCGUGUUGGUUCCACCAGGCAACCCAAUCUUAGAGUCCCGGGAGGAAAUUGUUAGCGAGGGGAACGAGACGGAGAUAACCUGCACCGCCAUGGGCAGCAAACCUGCCUCCACCAUCAAAUGGAUGAAAGGGGACCAACCACUGCAAGGUGACUCGACUGUCGAGGAGUUUUACGACAGGAUGUACACUGUCACCAGCCGACUUAGGCUCAGAGUCUCUAAGGAGGACGAUGGAGUGGCCGUCAUCUGCAUCGUUGACCAUCCAGCCGUGAAGGACUUCCAGGCGCAGAAAUAUCUGGAAGUACAGUAUAAACCAGAAGUGAAGAUUGUGGUGGAGUUCCCAGAGGGUUUGACCAGAGAGGGGGAACAUCUCGAGCUCACAUGUAACGCUAAAGGCAAACCACAGCCUCAUCAAAUUAACUGGCUCAAAGUGGAUGAUGAUUUCCCCUCCCACGCCGUCAUUACCGGCUCUGAUCUCUACAUCGAAAACCUUAACAAGUCAUACAACGGGACGUACCGCUGCGUGGCAUCCAACUUAGUGGGGGAAGCCUACGAUGAUUACAUCCUUUAUGUGUAUGAUGUUCACACCACAACCCCCCCACCCACCACUACCACCAUCAACCCUGAUGCCUCCCAAGAUUCGAGAGCAGAUGGAGUGCCACCGAAAAUUGAUCACGCCGUCAUCGGAGGUGUUGUUGCCGUGGUUGUGUUUGCAAUGCUUUGUCUUCUGAUCGUUCUUGGCCGAUACUUCGCAAGACACAAAGGUACCUAUUUUACACACGAAGCCAAAGGAGCGGACGACGCUGCGGACGCCGACACCGCCAUCAUUAACGCAGAGGGAGGGCACAACAACUCAGACGACAAAAAGGAAUACUACAUUUAACUCUGACUGGACCUGCUAGCUUCCUGCGCUGAACAGCAAACUGUGAACUGCUGGGUUGGGUGGUGGGGGGUUUGUGGGAUUCAAUCAGACUGGAUUCACACCUGGGCAGCUGAUGAGACAACGAAGGUUCUGCCAUCACUGCGGACGGGGUGUGGGAUGGCUGAGUACUGGGAGAGCUCAAUUUUAGACCGCUUCACCAUCCGACACCUCCCGCUGGGGCCGGUUUUGUUCAGUUUAAACAUUUGCUAAAAAUUUUGUGCCUUGUUCUGUUGUUACUGAAGUACACACUUUUAUCAGGACACCCACAAGCUUUGUACCGUCUCUCGAAUGGUCCAAAACCACCAUUUUUGUUUUGUUUAAUCUAUUUGUCUUUGUUUUAAUUGCCAGCACAUCAAUACAUUUUAAAGCUCUCGCUCGCUCGCUCUCUCUCACGCUGUUCUGUCUGCAGGUCUGAAAGAAGCUACACGCAAAGUUUAAAUGUAAGCUGGGGACUGUCGCUCGGGUUGUUGUUAUGGAUCGGUUCCAAGUUAUUUAUUUGGCAAAUUGCCUGUUGUUUUUAGACCCUCUGAGAAUGAGUUAGAAAUGAUAAAACCUUUUUUGUUGAUGUGACCAACAUAGCUACAAUGCAUUCUUAUGCAUUACCGUGUCAUUGCGUUAUGUAUUAGAUAAACUGUACGUGACUCUGUUCAAAUUUAUCCCGACUCAUCCGUACCUGCCCCACUCGCCUAUUAAUUUAAUCACGAUUACGCCCAGACAUUAAAAAUGAAUGCCAAAGCAAACAGCUAAAUGGCUUCUGGUUCAACCGAAUGAGAAAUUUGUCAAAAGGAUGUUCCUUAGAUUAAAUAAAACAGCAUAGUGAGUAACAUAGUUCAGGUCAGUAUGACGUUGAGGUCAGUCAACAAUUUUAAUCAAAUAGAUUGAGCCUAUAUGUUGUAAGCCAUACUCGGUGUAUGUAGCCCUCCUAUACUGUUUAGUUAUCUUGAUUUACUUAAUAUAGCUGAUUUAUAGACGUCUGGCUGAAUGUAAUAACUCUACAAUAACGUAAUAGUUUAUAAAUGCAGUAACGUUCUCUUUUAUCAGUGACACGCUUUGUUUUAAUGCGAUAUAUGUUUGCGGUUUUUUAAGUGAGGGAGAAUCGCCUAUUAUGUUCUGUAAUGUAUUGAAAUUAUAUAGAACUUGAAGUUAUUGCAUUAUUGUAGAGUUGGUAUAUAGUUGAUUUAUUAAACAUACCAGACAUUGUUUUUGUUAUCUUGGGCCUUCACACAUCGUCCUAGAAGGUAGGACAGAUACACAUUGUAUGUGAUUAUUGACUAUAUUGAGGAUGUAUAAUGACAUUUUUUGAAGUUAUGGUGAGGUUAGCAUUGUAAAAUUCUCGUGACAGCACAGAUGUUUGGUCAUAUCGUUUACAUGAAUUUGUGUAUUAUGGAGUGCUACUUUUUUUGUUUGGUUGUUUUUUGACGUUAUCCGACAGGAGAUCAUUAUUUAGAUUCGAAAGCGCUUAAAAAUGAUGGUAUAUUUGUGCGAGGCUAGCUAAUGCCAUACUUUAUAUUUGGUUAUAUGGAAAGAAACAUGUUCUUAUUGACAUUGUGAGUUGUACAGAAUUUUGUGAUUUUAUAAAGCAGCAGAUUUAUUUAAACACCUACAUGACUAUAUUGAUUUAGAGAGUAAUGGAAAUAACGACCCCAAAAAUAUAGGAAGAGAACGCCUGUAAUUGGAGCCAAAGUUUUGCAAGACAAAAAAAUAUCACUGUGUGCCCCUAACAUGGCAAGAAAGGAAUAAAAGGUCAUUUUUAAAGCUAUACGAUCUUGUCAUAUUACUCAUUUAACAUGACAAAAAGCUGUUUUGACUUUAUAGCAUGUCAAAUAAGGAGGGCUACAGUCAAACAAUCAUGCAACAGUGACUUUAUGGUGUAGCGUCUGCACCCCAAAGGAUCUCCGCAGUAAAGUGGGCUCCUUUCAUAGCUGGCUGAUACCAAGCAUACAGCCAUAACACUCCAUUCAUAUCUCUUCAAUUUUUAAUAGUAACUGAUAUAAACUGCCCAAAUCUAAAAAAAAAAGCAUCAGUUUCAAUGUAGGUUUCAUUUCCCCCUGUCUCAGGUCUUUUAUUUUAUGUUGUUUUGCAUCUCAGGUAGAAUGCAAAAAGUCCCAUGUAACUUUAAGUUAUUAUUAUAAUAACACAUUCGACAUGUUUUAUCGGAUCUUUAAAUGCUGUGCACUGUGUAAAUGUUAUAUUACUUUGUAUAGAUACGUCACAGCAAAUCACGUUUAUUUAAAAAAAAAAAAAUGAAUUUCUUACUUUUAGACUUGUAUCAUCUGUCCUUCAUUGUUUUUUGUUAAAUAGUUUGUCUCAUCUAUGUAAUUUGUAUUCCUGUGUAAUUAAAAGUAUUUACACGUUCCCAAUUACACUUUGUAUUUGACCAUGAAAAUACAUUUUUACAGAAAUGGAGCAGUACUGUCUCAAUAAAAGAGGUAUUAAUGUUC